GUACGGCGCCGAUCGUCGAUGGGAGAUUUCGCCAUCAUUCUCCCUGACAAUUUACUCUGUUCCGUGCCAUUUAGAGAGCUAAUUCCUGCCAGGAUGGUCGAUUGCUUACUAUUCUUCGCUAUAGUAAUGGUUUUGCCGAUAUCACUGGCACAGUUUUCCCUGGACGAUGCGAUAUUACAAGCCCGCUGCAAAUCGCGAUGCCUGAGCCUACACUCACAUAGAUUACUCGGUGGUUCAGUAUGUGACAAUGAUUCAAAGUGUGCUUCGUGCAUGAAACCGUGCCAGGGUUUAUACAAGAACCUUUCUACAUGCAUGUCCAAGUGCGAGGACAUUGACGAUGACGAAUGUAUUAUGAGCUGCGAGUUUCUGAAAUCUAUACAUAGGUAUAAAAUUGGUGAAUGCCCUCUGCCAGAAACGGCAACAGGAUUUGCAGCAGCUUGCGUCGAGGAAUGUUCCUUUGAUACUGAAUGCAGUGGCAACUUGAAGUGUUGUCCAAAUGGUUGUGGACAAACCUGUCAGGAUCCAGAAAAGUUGUACCAAGGUACGCCAUAUAAGCCAUCUAUUGUUCCAUAUGUAAUAGAAACAACCAAUACAAAGUCAUUUAUGGUGACUUGGCUUCCACAUGGUAAACAGAAUGAUAGUUCUGUUGUUUAUGUGCUAGGAAUGCGGGAAAGACUUGGUGAGCCUUCUCGUCACUCAAUAGCCGAUUGGAUAGCAAUAAAACAGACGACUGAUAUGGUUGUAAAUGUGAACAAUGUGUGGCCAGGAAGGUGGUACGAGUUCAGCGUAGCGGCUGUCAAUAGUAAUGGUAGCCGUGGAUUCACAGAGCCUAGUGUACCAUGUACGCUUGGAAGAGAUCCAUCUCCUCCGUUUCCACCUAUGAACUUAACCCAGGGCAAAAUGGAAGCGUCCAGCACACGAAUUAAUUGCUAUGUAAUGUGGGAGGCACCUAAGCACUCUGACUUACCUAUUAGGAGGUAUCGAGUGUAUUACAGUAGAAGACUUGAUGACGUGCAUGCUGUUUACAUGGAUUUACAUGAACAUCGUAGAAGCGUGCCUGGGGAUCAGCACUAUGUUAAACUAGAAAAUUUAUACGCCGACUCAACGUAUUAUGUUGAAGUGCAGGCAUUCUCGCAGUGGGGAAAACAAAAACUAAGAAGUAACAGAACUUCCUUGAUGCUCACUACGCGGGAUAUUGCACAAGCUGAUGAGCCACCAAAUGCAUAUAGAGGCCACAAAAAGAUUCAUUCUGUUCCUCCUGGUCCUUUAGAAGGCGUCACUGUGGAAGUGCCAUUCUGGCAUCACGGUGACCUCAAGGCAAGAGUCCACUGGGGCCAGCCACAAACUGGUGGAAAAACAAACAAGUUUUUAAUUUACUGGGGUACUAGUACAUGUUUGGGUUUAAAGAGUUUUUCACCUAUGGAAGGUGCUACAUCACACGAUAAGUUCUUUGAUAUUUACAAUCUGUUAUUUCACUGCCAGUACGAAGUUAAAAUUAAACCUGUAGCGAUUGAUGGGGUAUUUGGUCCCGAAUCUGUAGUUCAUUUUUUCACCCCAUUGUGCUCUGAAGUAGAAGUGAAAGGAAGAAGUCUUCCAAACUGUACAGAGCCAGAUGUUAAUAUUUUUCUAAAACCACAAAAUCUGUCGUAUAUAUUUGUGGUCGCUGACAAUGCAGCCAAUAUGACUGGGCAGUUUCACUGGAAAGCACCUAAAAACAGAGCAGAUACUGUGUUGGGGUACAAAAUCACAUGGGCAGAGAAGAUGCCUUUGCCUGAGGGUUUACAAGGACAGGAAGGUUUUCCAGUUGUAGAUCGACGAACAGAAAAUGCAAAAACACUUCCACCGGAUAAGCUGUCGUACAGUGUGAGAAAUUUAAAAAGCAACUGCGAGUAUGUUUUCCAAGUUCAAGCUAUUUCAGAAAAUGGCACUGGAGCCAUAAUGCUAAGAGAGUUCAGAACACCUUCUGUUCAUAAAGAAAUUUUUACUGGUAUUCACCAUUCACGGCCGCCGUGGACUGAAAUUGUAACGUCAACUAUUGUAAACAGCAAUGACGAUGGUUCAGAGGUCCAAAUGGAGACAAUUACUAUUCCAUCCACUAAAAACUUCAGAGCCAGUAGUGGCGGUGUGUCCAUAUCCGUGCCAUAUCUCCUUGGGACUCUGCUUCUUCUGUGUAUUUGCUUUUUACGAGUUUCGUGAAACGUUACCUACUGCCUGGAUCUCCCCUGUUCCGUGUCCUCCAAAAUCAACAGCUAUUGACUAUUUCAGUGGGAGAAACAAUCUGCUCAACUUCAGAUGGG